CGGGGCUGAGGCGGUGCAGUCGCAGUGACGCGCCACUCCUCGGCGGCCCGGCCGGCGUCACACGGCUGUGACAUCAGCGUCACACGCCGGCCACUUAUCGGCGGCUGCAAACACCCGCCGAGCGGCGCCCCUGACACGGCUAAUUUUGGCGAUAGUGAGCUCGAUAGGUAGGUGAGCGAUAGCGCGGGUGGCGGACGGCGGACGGUGGACGCUCGGUCACUCAGCCGACACUGGGCCAAGAGAGGCAGCCGCUCACCCUCCCAGCGCAGCGUGUCACCAUGAGCGUCACCAACAGCGGUGCAGAGGUCGUGGGAGAGAAGAAACGAGGCCGGCUGCACAAAUUGUUACCAUGGAAGAAGCACAAGGCACAAAUGAAGCUCACUGCCAGUCCCAUAGCCUUCGAGCAGUACGACCCGCAAACCAAGUCCCUGCUGAAGCAGAACUUUGGCGUGUUGAACAACCUGGAGACGGUGUGGCCGGGUGGCAUCUGCCUGCCGUCCACCUACCGCGACAUCGCCGACAAGGUGUACCACCUGCCGCUGCGUCCGUCAGACGUCUGGGUCAUAUCCUUCCCGAAAACAGGCUCCACAUGGACACAGGAGCUCGUUUGGUGCGUUGGCAACGACUGUGAUCUUGCCAAGGCCAAGUCACUUCACAUGGACGUGAAGUUCCCGCUGCUGGAGCACUGGAUCAACAGCAAAGGCAUGAUGACCAAGGUGAUCAAGCAGAAGGGUGCGAAGACCACCAAAAUGUUCACCAUGCUCCGUCACAACCCUGAGCUCAUGGCGCUAGCCAAGAACGACACAACACAGAUCAUGCAGCAGACUCCCGAUAACGAGAGACGCUUCGUCAAGACGCACAUCUUCUUCUCUCUGCUGCCGCCCCGGAUACUGGACGUCUGCAAGAUAGUGUACGUGACCAGAAACCCGAAGGACACAGUGGUGAGCUACUACCACCACAACCUGCUCUUCAAAGGCCUGUAUGAGUUCCGGGGAGACUUCAAGACCUUCGUAGAACUAUUCAUGGCGAACACAUUGCCGUGGUGCCCGUACUGGGAGAACCUGCGGCAGGCCUGGAGUCGGAAGGACCACCCCAACAUGUGCUUCCUGGUCUACGAGGACAUGAAACAGGACUUGGCCGCCGCAGUCCGGAAAGUCUCCGACUUCCUGGAGAAGCCGAUGACGGAGCAGCAGGUGGUCGACCUCUGCGACCACCUCAGCUUCAGCUCCAUGAGCAAAAAUGACAAGGUGAACCGAGAGGUCUUCAGAGACGUCCUGAUGCACGAGAACAAGUCUGAGAAAAAGUUCAUCCGGAAAGGUCAGAUCGGUGACUGGAAGAACUACUUCGACGAGGACCUGAACCGUCGGUUCGACGCCUGGAUCGCGGCAAACAGUGAGGGCAUCGACAUCCAGUUCCAGUACGAAUGACGGCCGCCGUUGCUGGGUGGUGGUGCCGAGACUCGUGAGGGGUAGGACGGUCUGACGUCUCUGCCGAUGCCGCUCUCUGGAAAAGGAUGGCGACUUCGGCCGCUCUCCAGGAAAGGACAGUCGUCCCUCCCUUUCUAGAGGAAAGGACAGAGACCUCGCCAGCUCUCUAGGGAAAGAGCAGCGGUCUUGCUCGCUCGAUGUGAAAUGACAGUGGCGCAGGCCACUGUUAUCAGUGGCGCAAGUCCGUGGAAGGGCAGCAGCCUCGCUCUGUGGCGAGCCGCGCCGGAGCCGACCGGCUGCUUGCGCGGUACACAUGCAACUCAGGAGUGCAACUAGCAAGUGCAACAAUAUGCGAAAGACGGCAAAGUCAACAUUUAUGAAAUAGUGUGCGCCAAUGAAUUGUAGAUGUGCCUAACUCUGCGACAACGACAAGGAACGAGCCAAAUAUCCAAUCGCGUCGUUUCUUCAUGCCCGGACUUGUAUAAGAGGUUGAAGAGGGGCUAGAAAGCUGGAAGGAAGCCUAGGGGUUGGGGGAAUCGUGUGGGCAUGGUAUAUCUUUGUAUGGCAUCGUACGUUGUAGAAGAAUCGCAGAAAUGGUAAAACUACCAAUGUGAAAUUAUGGCGUGCAAUUACUUGCGCUUGUAUCGGACCGCUCUACGAUCGUAUACACUCAUUGUUCAUGUUACAUAUUUCUAAAGAAUUGUUUUAUUCCCGUAUUCCAGGAACAUUGUGUGCUAUAUGUCACAUGUUUUGUUAACCGACAAACCGAAAGAGGCGAAAUAUUGUUAGCAUUCCUUACAUUUGGCGUGCAUCUGAGAUUAACCCUGACUUGAGGGGACCGAAUGAGAUCAGUGUUUGUGAUAAAGUGGAUUGAAAUAUAGGUGACUGUUUUCAAUGCGAGAACAUAUGUGAUGAAUGUGAGAACCGUGCAUUUUUUUCAGUCCCUUCAUAGCUAUCGUUGAUAGUCGAAACUCUCUUGGUGGUACGAAUUUCAUUGCUUUGUAAAAAGACACGAGAAAUGCAAUUGUCUCUCCCGU